GUGCAGGUUGGAGGGCCGUCUGAAGAAGCUGCGCUGGUGGCUGGACCUGAUGGAGCAGAGGAUGACCUCCGACCUGAUGGAGGCUCUGCAGCGCGGCCCGGAGAGAGCAGCGCUGCAGCAGGUGGAGGAGUUCCAGCAGGAGGUGCUGAAGGAGAGGGACUCUUUUGAGCGUCUGUGCCAGGAGGCGCAGGCACUGAACGAGGGGGGGCGGGGCGACGGCAGUGAGACCCGGGUGUCUGCGCAGCUGCAGUCGCAGUCGCAGGCUCUUCUGCGCAGGGCGAAGGAGAAGCUGCGCUGCGUUCAGGUGUCCCUGCAGGAGACGCUGGGAUACGAGGAGGCGCUGCAGAGCUCCAGGCUGUGGCUGAGCAGCGUGACGGAGCGCCUGCACCUCCUCAACUCCACCACCGGCAGCAAGGAGGCGCUAGAGAGCAGGCUGGCUGCCGUGCAG